AGAAAGUGAAGAAGAAAAUGAAGAAAAACAAGAGCGUACAAAUAAAGAAGAAAUAAAUCAAAAUAAAACAAAAAGUAAAGAGGAAAACGAAGAAAAAACUAAAGGAACUACAUCAUCAUUUUUAACUGAUAUUGAAUAUAAGUCAUUAAACCUUUCAGAAGAAAUUCAAAAAGCACUUGAAGAAGCAGGGUAUACUAAAAUGACUACAAUUCAAGCAAGGUCAAUUCCAUUAUUAUUAAUGGGAAAAGAUAUCAUGGCAAAAGCUAGAACUGGUUCAGGUAAAACUUUAGCAUUUUUAAUUCCUAUAGUUGAAAUUUUAAAUAAAAUCCAUUUCCAAACAAGAAAUGGAACAGGUGCUAUUAUUAUUUCACCAACUAGAGAACUUGCUAUUCAAACAUUUGAUGUACUUGAAAAAAUAUUAGCUCAUUCAGAAAGAACAAGAACAUUAAUUAUUGGUGGAAGUAGUAAAAAAAAGGAAGAAGAAGCUUUAAAAAAAGGUGCUUCAAUUGUUGUUGCAACACCAGGUAGAUUAUUAGAUCAUAUUAUUAAUACUAAAUGUUUUAUUUACAGAAAUUUAAAGUGUUUAGUAAUUGAUGAAGCUGAUAGAAUUAUGGAAGUUGGAUUUGAAGAAGAAAUGAGACAAAUAUUAAACAGAUUACCAAAGAAUAGACAAACAAUGUUAUUUAGUGCUACUCAAUCAGAAAAAGUUGAUGACAUUGCUAAUAUUUCAUUAAAACAACCUGUUGUUAUUAAUGUUGAAAGUCAAUCAACAAUAUCCACAUCAAGUAAAUUAGAACAAGGGUAUGUUCUUAUUGAAGCAAAAGAUAGAUUUAGAUUAUUAUAUACAUUUUUAAGAAAGAAUAAAAAUAAAAAAACAAUUGUUUUUAUGUCUUCAUGUAAAGCUGUUAAAUUUUAUAGCGAUUUAUUGAAUUAUAUUGACAUACCAGUUAAAGCACUUCACGGACAAUUAGAUCAAGAUAAAAGAACAAAAGUAUUUUUUGAAUUUUGUAAAGCAAAAGAAGCUAUUUUAAUUACCACUGAUAUUGCUGCUCGUGGAUUGGAUAUUCCUGCUGUUGAUUGGAUUAUUCAAGUUGACCUUCCUGAUUCACCAAAAGACUAUAUUCAUAGAGUGGGUAGAACAGCUCGUGCAGACACUAAAGGACGUGCACUUUUAUUUGUUCAGCCUUGUGAAAUUCGUAUUUUAGAAUAUUUAAAAGGAGAAAAGAUUCCAUUGACUCAAUAUGAAGUUCCUGAAAAAAAAAUUGCUAAUAUUCAAAGAGAAUUAGAAAAAUUAGUUGAAAAAAAUUAUUAUUUAAAUACUGAAGCAAAAGAUGGGUAUAAGGCUUAUAUUAUGGCAUAUAACAGUCGUUCAUUGAAAGAUGUAUUCAAUGUAAAUGAUCUUGAUAUUGGAGGACUUGCACUUUCAUUUGGACUAACAAAUCCACCAAAAGUUCAAUUAAAUAUACUUAAAGCACCAAAGAGUAGUACUCGAUUUGAAAAGAAACGACAACUUAAAUGA